CCCGAUAUAUGUUCAUCAUUAUAUUAUUCUCCUUUCCCUUGCUCUUGAACCUACUUAGCUUCUCCAUAGCCACAACAAAGCACAUAAACCUCACUUUAUCAAUGGAAGGAAAUUCAACAAAAGGCACAUGUCAAAGUCAUGCUUCAUUUUCCCUUGAACCAAAUGAGAAGGUCUUGAAUAACACCCAAGAAUGCAAGAGUUCAAAUACGAAAGACAAUGAUGAUAAGGAAAAGGACCAAGAAGAAGUACCGCAUGAUGAGAAGGUUGAGGUAGAGGAAACGGGACGUAAGAGGCUCAAGAGGCUAAGGGAAGAGGCGAUGGAACAUGUUAAGAUUCCAGAAAAGUGGGGUCAUGAGCAAUUGUUGAAGGAGUGGAACGAUUAUACUAUGUUUGAUGCAUUGUUUGCUCCUCAUAGAUUGAUUGUGACUGCUCGUGAUGCUCUUAUCGCUCAUGGACGUAAAGCAAGGUCACAAAGGUUAAGGAUAUAGAUUAUUUGCUAAUUUCAUUUGAAUAUUAGCUAGUAGUGUUGCUCUUAAUUAAUGUUCUCAGGCCCUAGCUAUGUAGGAGGAAUAAUGGGUCGUCACUGAUUAAAUUCAACCUAGCUACUGCUUUUUCCCAUUUUGUAAUUCAUGGAAGAACAAAAGGAAAAGAUAAAUUAGCAUAUAUUUUACGAGACUGCUAGGAUCUAUGUCAGUAAUUUGUCUUCCUUUUAUUAUAUUUCCGUCAUGCACCAUAUGGUUUCCC